AUGGGGAAGAGGAAGUCAAGGGCAAAGCCUGCUACAACGAAGCGAAUGGACAAGCUUGACACUGUCUUUAGCUGUCCUUUUUGCAAUCACGGCUCUAGUGUCGAAUGCCAAAUUAAUAUGAAGGAGAUGAUUGGUAUUGCCACUUGUAGAAUCUGUGAAGAAAGCUUUAGCACUACUAUCACAGCUUUGAGUGAAGCUAUAGACAUCUAUAGCGAGUGGAUUGAUGAGUGCGAGAGGGUCAAUACUGUGGAAGAUGAUGUUGAGCAAGAAGAGGAAGUGGAGGAAGAAGAAGUGUAUGAAGAAGAAGAAGAAGAAGAACCGGAAGAUGAUGGUGAAGAUGAAGAUGAACGUGCGUCUGUUAAAAGGAAGUUUAACUACCGAGAUGACUAAUCUUUUUUAUCAGAAAACCAUGCAAGUCCUUUUUAGACAUUGCCUUUUAUGUUGUAAUAUCUACUGAUACUCAGUUUUUAUCUAUCACCCUUCGUUUUCUUUUGUUUUCCAUUUGCUGAAAACAGUAAAUCUCAUCUCUGUACACAUGAUAAAACGUAACCAAG